GUAGCACCCACCGAUACGACUGUCUACAUACCACACACAAGAGGGAAAAAAGAAAGGAGUCACCAUUCUGCACGGGCCAUGACACUCAAAGAUGAAUCUCCUCCAAAUAGCAUAGUGCUCAUGUCCACAUUCCACUCGACGCGAUUGAUCGCGCGGCACGUACUACCAUGGAAAGUAUGAAGCAGCGGCAGUAUAGCACAAAAACAUGGAACGAGCACGAACUCCAACCUAAAAAAUUAGACGCGAGCACAGUCGAUUGGAUCUUCUUGGUGGAUAUUUUGAACUUUUCAUUUUGGAGCGACUUGGAUAAGUCAGAUAAAUGCCAGCCGCAUCCGGAACGCUACACGGUCGUGUUACAUGGCAAGGCGUACACGGGCUACUGGAGUUUGUGCGCAGCCAUAAACCGUGCAUUAGAACAGGGCAUCCCGGUCACAGAUGCGUCGUAUUACGCAAAUGCCAGUGACGACGACCUCAAGGCCGUAUUUGCAUCUGAUACACGGGAACACAUCCCGUUGAUGGACCAACGUAUAGCCGUCAUGCGCGAAGCAGGUCGAGUCUUGCUUGAGGAAUUCGACGGAUCGUUUGUGAAUUGCAUCCGACAAGCCCGUCAGUCUGCCUCGGCUCUCUUGGAACUCCUGACCCAGUAUUUCCCGUCUUUCCGCGAUAUCCAUUCGUUUGAAGGACGUCAAGUUGCUAUCCUCAAGCGUGCCCAAAUAUUGAUUGCCGAUAUAUGGGCAUGCUUUGACGGUCAAGGCUACGGCGAAUUCUACGACAUUGAUACCAUUACCAUGUUUGCAGAUUACCGUGUACCGCAGGCCCUGUACUCACUCGGCGUGCUGAAGUACUCAGCUGAUCUCAUGACGAAGCUUGAAAAACGCGAGCUACUGUCUUCUGGAUCACGAGAAGAGAUCGAGAUUCGAGGAAACUCCAUCUGGGCUGUUGAGCUCAUGGUGCGCCGUAUCAAGGAAAUCGAUCCAACUCAAGCCGUCAAUGCCAUUCUGAUGGACUUCUAUAUCUGGGACACAGCCAAGGAACUACAGGAUCAGAUGACGGUACCCAUCCAUCGCACUCGUAGUAUAUUCUAUUAAGUGGUUACCGUAGUAAUAAUAAAUCGUCAUGCAAUCCAUCAUAAUACACUUGUACACCACCGAUCA